GUGUUUGCAGCAAAUAGUGCUGGGCUGGCAUGGGAAUGUGGGUCACCACUGGCAGAAUUGUUGAAGGAAGAGGGAGCUGCUUGUGCUGUGCUGGGAAGAAAAUGUAUGUUACUGAGGGAUGUUUGGUGUGGGGAAGAUUUUAGCUGCAGUAAUUGCUCCAACUUAACUCAUCAAGCACGGCCGGGAGAGGAUAGGACAAACCAUCAAGGCCUCCGGCUCCAGGCUCUGCUCAUAUGCUGAAAGAGUUGCCUUUUUAAUGGAUCGCUCCCGGAGCCCAGAUAAAAGCACCCAGCCUCCAACACCAACUGACAACAUCAACCUUGGACCUUCCGCUAACCCAAAUGCCAAACCAACAGACUUUGACUUCCUGAAGGUUAUUGGCAAAGGAAGCUUUGGAAAAGUUCUUCUGGCGAAACGCAAGUGUGAUGGGACUUUUUAUGCAGUGAAAGUCUUGCAUAAGAAAACCAUCCUAAAGAAAAAGGAGCAAACCCACAUCAUGGCAGAACGCAAUGUGCUCCUGAAAAAUGUCAAGCACCCCUUCCUUGUGGGACUCCAUUACUCUUUCCAGACCUCGGAGAAGCUUUACUUUGUGCUUGACUAUGUAAAUGGAGGAGAGCUUUUCUUCCACUUGCAAAGGGAGCGCUGUUUCCGUGAACCCCGGGCCCGAUUCUAUGCUGCAGAAGUUGCUAGUGCAAUUGGAUACCUGCAUUCCUUAAACAUCAUUUACAGGGACUUAAAACCUGAGAACAUUCUCCUGGAUUGCCAGGGACACAUAGUAUUGACAGACUUUGGACUCUGUAAAGAAGGAAUGGAGCAAGAGGAGACAACUUCUACUUUUUGUGGCACUCCUGAGUACCUGGCUCCUGAGGUGCUAAAGAAGCAGCCGUAUGACAGGACAGUAGACUGGUGGUGCCUAGGAGCUGUCCUCUAUGAAAUGCUGUUUGGAUUGCCUCCUUUUUACAGCCGGGAUGUGUCUCAGAUGUAUGACAACAUUCUGCACAAGCCACUCCAGAUCCAAGGAAGUAAGACUGUGGCAGCUUGUGACAUUCUCCAGGGACUUCUCCACAAGGACCAGAAGAGGAGGCUGGGUGCCAAGUCAGAUUUCCUUGAGAUAAAGAAUCAUGUAUUCUUCAGCCCAAUAAACUGGGAUGACUUGUGCCACAAGAGGAUAACUCCUCCAUUCAACCCCAAUGUGGCUGGUCCAGCUGAUCUGCGACACUUCGAUCCAGAAUUCACCCAAGAAGCCAUCUCCACCUCCAUCACCCACACGCCUGACUUAGCAGCCAGCACCUCCAGUGCCUCAGAUGCGUUUUUAGGAUUUUCUUAUGCACCAGCUGAAGAGGGCAUCUAGGUUUUACAAAGGCUUUGAGAAGUCAGAUUUUUUUUUUUUUUUAACUGAAUGGGUUUUAUGUGUGGGGGGUGUUGGUUUUGUUUGUGGGUUGGGGGGGGUUGUGGGUGUGGCUUUUCUUGGUUUUGGUACUGUCCUUUUGCUCAUGGUUAAGGAAAUUGGGACUAACACACUAACUGGCUGGGAUGGAACUGUUAACUCUUAACUUUUGCUGUUUGAAUUUCUCUCUGAAUGUUUCCUCCCUGGUAGGGAAAGAGAGACACUGGUUAGUAUAAUUUCCCCCUAGACUGUCUUGUGCUAGUUGGCAGAACUGUAUUCAUUCUGUGGUUGUAUUUCUGGUAGGGGUAUGUGCCAUCACUCACAUAACAGCCGUGUGCCUGAAACUGGCCACUCUUAACUUUUUUUUUAAUCUUUUGUGUGGCACUAACCUGUGUCAGAGGAGUUCCCCCUCUCCUCCCCAGCAGUUGAGGAAAACUCUUCACGCUACCAAGAGCUCUGGCUUCUUUCCUUUAAGUGGACUGUGCAGAAGCAACCAUGAGGCUGUUAAGUAGAAGCCAGUUGGUGGGAGAAAAAGCCCAGAUGAGGAAAGGGCGGAGCUGCUUAGAAAAAAAAAAACAGAAAUAA